AUGUUGACACCAAAAUAUCCCGGUCCUUUUUUUACCGCAAAUUGGACAGAUUCCACAAUCAAGCCUUUUGCACUUAUCACGCCAAGUAACGUUGAGUGGUUCACUACAAAUGCUACAACAUCC